UGUCGAAUACAACAUCAAUUAAUAUUGCCUAGAACUGAUCUGUAUUUAUGUUAACCCCUAAAGUCACUUGAUCUCAAAGUACAUAACAAUUAAUUUUGAGGAGCCGCAACCAAAACAAUUAUUUUGCAAGUCAACGAUUUGAAACCGGAGAGGCCCAUGCGAGCACUCCACCGCGUUGAGGUAAACUACAUGAAUACCCUUAGAUCAUCCAACUAUUCACACAAUGAUUUUGUAUGACAAACAACACCAUAAAACAAUUCUUGUAGGCCAAGGAAAGGUUAGUAUUGUCCUUCCAUAAAAUGAAAUAUUUUAUCAACUCAAUAAGAAUUUUGUUUCUUUCCUUCUCUUGCAAGAUCCUACAAUUAAUAUACAUCUUAUAAGCUUAACUCAUCCACAUGGACCACAUCAGAGAGCAUUAGCCAAGAAACCAAGAAAUUUCUCCCAGAAAAAAAAAGAAGAAGAAAAUGAAGCUUUGGAGCUCAAGAUUAUCGUUUCUAAUCUUGGUGAUCUUUUUCUUCGCCGGACUUCAUAUCUCCUCAGACGCCCGCAAGCUUCCUAGCAUCAUGACGGCUACGGAGGAGUUCCAAGAACAGUUUCGGCAGCAAAGAUUUGAGGGUGAGAGAAUGUUAUCGGAAAGGAAAACCGGCAAGAAGAAUGAUCAGAUCUACGGAGUUUCAGUUAGAGAAGUUCCCGACGGUCCAAAUCCGCUUCACAACAAAUAAUACGUUCCAUAUUAUUUAAUUUACUGCUAGGUUUUUAUUUGAGAAAGAAAUUCUCAGUUUUCUUGUCUCAACAAAUCAUCUCAUGUAUGAUAGACACACACACAUAGAAACUUUGUAGUAUUUUUGUAUUAAAAUUUAUUACAUACGACGUUCAAAUCAUAUAUCAGUUGAUUUUUUUUUUUUUUU